AUGUCUACGGCCUACACGACAUGCGACAACAACCGGCGCGCAACCACAGCAAAAGAGACGUGUGCCACUGCCACUGCCACUGCCACUGCCGCUGCCGCCCCGGGCCAGCGCCCAUGUUUGAUCCCCGACACUCGGCGGCAGCCCUCUGGGACAUGUGUGACGGGUCGCUCCACUUGGCCCUUCCCCUGGCACCCCCAAGCCUGCGCUGAGCGGCCACCCCCCGGCGCCGCCGCCGACACAGCCUACCUCACCAACCACCUCGUCAUCACCGCCCGCAGCCAGCCCGUCUCCCAGCCAAGCCUUUUGCCCUCCUUUUCUUCUUCUCCAGCAUCAUCUCCCUUCAAAUUAUUUCACCGGCCCCGUCCCGUCGCUGCUUUGCUGCUCACUUCCUCCUCAAAUCGGCCGCCGCUCCGCCCAAGCAAGCAAGCCCCCAGCCAAUUGCCGAGCUUGCUCCCAACACCGCCCUCGACGCAACAGAGCUUAGCCCUCGCCAGGUCAUACCUACACUACUCCCAUACACACACACACCCUCUGCUAGCUCUGCCGCCGCGCCUGUCCAUCUGA